AUGCCCUCUACUCGACUGGCCCAAGUUCCACAACAGGUCCUCGACCUCAGCGGCAAUCUAGAAGAACUGGUCUUCACCAAGACGGCAAUUGGAAUCUACGACCGAACUAUGCUGGCAAUCAACAACUCGACCACGACACCCGCACAGCUCAAUCUGCACCGUGGGUCCUGGCUUCAGGCCAAGUCGAAAGUGGCAUCCUUGCACCGGAGCAUUGUGGCGGAUUUCAAUCGGCUGCCGCGUCAUAUGAAACGCACGUUUGUGAGGGCUAAUCGCUCGACUCUAUGCGAGCAUGGGUUUCGGCCAUCGACUGAUAACUUGGAGAUUACUCGUCCUGGUAGUAGAAGGGUUGUUAUUGUGCUUUGA